AUGUCUUCCACCUUGCAGAGAACGAUAUCCACGCCGACAAAGAAUGCGACCGCCACAGUCCAAGAGAGUCCAGGCAACUGGCGCCAUCCGCGACUCGCAGAGAUCACCAGACGGCAGAAUGCUACCACUUUCGGCGAGAAGAACGUCAGGAGGAUUGCAUGGAACAUUGCACUGUUCGUGGGCAUCAUUGCCGCAACUACGGUUCUGCAGAGGUACCUGCCAUUCACACAAUCAUGCUGCACCUCGUCACCUCUGCGCUGGGCGUACAAGCUUAUCCUAGGCGUACCGGUCGUUAAUAUCGCCGUCGCCUGUCUGCCGCUUGUCCGGCCGAAGGACGAUCUGGCCGACAUCCCCCUGACUCCCGGCCAACGGAAGCUGCUAGGUCUCGGGCCCUCGUCUGCACCCCCGACCCCUGGAUCGGUCUACAGCACACCUCCUCGAUACUCGCGCACACCUUCCAUGUCGGGGUCCACGGGGAGCAGGAGGAGUUUCUCCAACCUGGACAGCCCAUCGGCGUAUCGCAGCCCGGGAGACGGCGCCAACCUGAACCUGGGAGCAUCUGCUUCGCAGUUCUCUCCAGCAGGCAGCCCCUUGAUUCAGAAGGCCUUUAAUGGUGCGCGGAGGUCGUCGAUAAGCUCGAUAGGAUCACCGAGCCCCUUUGGCAAGAGCUUCGGCAUGAGCACGUCGGCUUCUAUCUUUGGUGGAGCGCCCGACAGUCCCAGCCCCAGUCCUGCAAACGGGAAGAGGAGCACCGUAGGGCUGAACAACAAGUGGUUGUACGAGAAGGGCAGAAGAAGCUCGGGAAACGCAUGGGCAUAA